AUGGAAGAUAAGAGAGGUGUCAUUCUCGCAGACAUGAUGUCCGCCUUAGAUUUACACGCGUGCAACAGCGGCGACUCCCCCACGUUUGUACGCGGCCAGUCGGAGUCACACAUUGAUGUUACUCUCGUCUCCAACACUAUCAGGGGCAGAGUGGCAGACUGGAAGGUUCUGGACAGCGAGUCACUCAGCCUCCACAAGUACAUUAGCUUCACGCUUAAAUCAACGCUCCCUCGGCGGCUGGAAAUUGACCGGAAGCCAUCUGGAUGGUCCACCCGGUCACUUAAACCGGAGUUAUUGACGGCUUCUUUGGCUCUCACCCACCUGCCACCGCACGACCAGCUCCAAUCAGCGGAACUGGAGGCGAGCACUUUAGUGACCUGGAUUACGCAGUCGGCGGACAAGUGCUUGAAAAAAACCAGGACCUUCACAGGAAAACAGCCGGUGCACUGGUGGAGCCGCGAAAUCGGCCUGAUCAGAGGAGAGUGCAAUAAAGCGAGGAGAAUCCACCAGAGGACACGGAAGAGGCUCGGCGAGGACGGCAGCCGUGCAUCACUCGAACGCUGGAAAGAGCUGCGGCGAUCUCUGGCGACCGCGAUCAAAUCCGCCAAGGAGAGGUGCUGGUCCGACUUAAUCGCUAAGGUGGACAGCGACGUCUGGGGGAAACCAUAUAAGAUCAUAAUGAGGAAACUGCGGAGACCCAGGCCCAUCCCGGGCAUAGAACUACCGGGCAGACUCGGAGCCAUAGUGAACGGUCUUUUCCCCGCUACACCGCCGCGUGGCAAUGUAAGAAUCCCGCCGACCUCCACGGGUCAGGACCUUUUUUGUUCAGCAGCGGAUGUUGCCUCAGCUGCGGGAUCCCUGCCCAAUAAUAGGGCCCCUGGGCCCGAUGGCAUUAGUAACGAGAUGAUAAAGGUAGCAGUAAACGCGAGCCCGGAGACUUUCGCGCAUGCCUACAAUAGAUGUUUUGUGGAAGGCUGCUUCCCCACAAUCUGGAAGAUCGGAAGUCUGGUUCUCAUACCAAAACCGGGCAAGCCCCUAGACAACCCUGCAGCGUAUAGACCAAUAUGCCUGCUGGAUGGUUGCGGCAAGCUCCUGGAGAAGCUGGUUGUUGCAAAGCUGAGGGAGCACCUCGUCGGCGAGAACGAGAUUAGUGACAAUCAAUACGGAUUCAGGAGGGGCAGAUCCACCAUUGACGCCCUAGAGCGGUUAAAAUCGCACGUCCGGGCAGCGACAUCGGGGCAUUACAUCCACCACAAGUUGGUCGGCAUGCUCACGCUGGAUGUGCGAAACGCCUUUAAUUCAGCUCCGUGGGAGGCCAUCGUCGAGGCAGCCAGGUCGAGGUCACUCCCCCCUGGACUAUUGAGAAUUCUUGAAGAUUAUCUGUCAAACCGCGCGGUUUUAGCGUCUACCCCCUCUUACAGGACGAGUUUCGCGCAUAAUAUGUCCUGUGGUGUCCCACAGGGGUCGGUGCUAGGGCCAGACCUCUGGAACUUGCUCUAUGACGGUCUACUGAGGACCAGGAUGCCGGAGGGAGUUGAGCUACUAGCUUUUGCAGACGACGUGGCAGUCCUGGCCACACACAAGGUCCACUUCGUAUUGGAAGAGAAGCUGGAGGAAGCGUACAGGUCAAUCGAGCGUUGGAUGACGGAGCACGGUCUGCAGCUGGCCGCAGAAAAAACGGAGGCCAUUGUUUUUACAAACAAGAGAGUGAGGAACGAGAUCAGUGUCAGGUGCGGAGGUUUCACAAUCGAGUCCAAACCUAGCAUAAAGUACCUGGGCGUGCAGGUCGACAAAAAGUUAAAAUUCACGAAGCAUGCGGAGUUGGCGGCAGACAGGGCGGCGGAAGCAGCUAAACACCUGGGAUAUCUGAUGCCAAACAUGGGAGGGCCAAGAGAGAAGUCUCGCCGCCUUUUGACUAGCGUCACGACCUCUAGAAUUUUGUAUGCAGCACCUUUCUGGUCAGACACGAUGAGUGUGAAAGGCUGGAAGAAGCUGGCCGCCAUUCACAGACGCUCGCAGCUAAGGGUGGCCUGCUGUUAUAGAACGGUGUCGUACGAAGCAGCGGCGGCGAUCUCUGGAAUCCCGCCAAUCAUCCUCCUGGCGAAGGAACGAUCUGAGAUUUACAGAGGCCGCGACAAGGCUGAGGCGAGAAGGGACCUGAUCGCCAAGUGGCAGGUGGAGUGGGACAACGGCGCAAACGGAAACGGGAGGUGGACCCACAGAUUGAUCGGUGGAUUGGACAAGUGGCUGUCCCGAAAUUAUGGGCAGGUGACGUAUCACCUAACUCAGGUGCUGUCUGGUCACGGAUGUUUCGGAUCUUACCUUCACAGAUUCCACCUACUGGAUUCCGACGCAUGCGCGCAGUGUGGCUACUCUCCCGACGAUCCGGAGCAUGCGAUAUUCCAAUGCGACGCGUGGGAAAAUUGGCGGGUCCAGACGUGUGGCGAACUGGAGGUGGAGGAACUCCGAGCGGACAACCUGAUCCAACUUAUGACAUCAACCCCAGAAAGGUGGAAGCUGAUCGUUAGGCUGGUGUCUAGAAUCAUGGUCACCAGAGAGAUUGAUGAACGGCGGCGCCAACACCAGCCACGGUGA